AUGAGUGAUUUUGGAAUCAAGAACAUGGAUCAAGUAGCUCCUGUGUUAAACACCUACAGAGGAAUGCUCAAGCAUCAACAAGCAUUUGACGCCUUUGAUGUCACAAACUCUUUGUUUGUGGGAUAUUUUCCCUCAUUAAAUGAAGAUCAAACCCUUCAAGAAGUGCCAACAGGGUUUGAUUCAAUGUCUUAUGAGUCAAACAGCUGUGAAUUGCCUCUCUUAACCCCAUGCAGUAAGGCUGUGAUGAGUCAGGCCUUAAAGGCUACUUUCAAUGGCUUUGCAAAAGAACAGUGUCGUCUGGGCAUCCCAAAUAAUCCUUGGCUGUGGACUGAACAGCAGGUUUGCCAAUGGCUUUUCUGGGCUACCAAGGAAUUUAGUUUGGCAAAUGUGAACUUUCAGCAGUUUGUCAUGAACGGGCAAGACUUGUGCAGCCUGGGCAAGGAACGUUUUUUGGAGCUGGCUCCUGAUUAUGUAGGCGACAUUCUGUGGGAACACCUGGAACAGAUGCUAAAAGACAGUCAAGAGAAGAUACAGGACCAAUAUGUUGAAAACUCUCAUCUUACCUCAGUCCCACACUGGGUCAACAACAACUCACUAAGUUUUAAUACAGAACAGGCACCUUAUGGUAUGCAAAUGCAUAGCUACCCCAAACCCCUCACUUAUCCCAAACACAGCCUCCUGAAUGACCUAUGUCAGGCUUCUGCCGGAGCAAAUCUUCUCAGCCCAGAUCAAGAAUUUUCCAUGUUUCCCAAAGCUCAGUUAGAGACAGUCAAUGUGAACUUCUGCUCCAUGACCCAAGACUUCACAAGAAACAAUCUGAACUUGCUGAUAGAUAACUCUGGCAAAACUAGAGAGCAUGAAUCAACUGACAGCAGCACAGAAAGUUAUGAAAAUACAGAGUCUCAACUUCAGUCCUGGAACAGCCAGUCGUCUUUAGUGGAUGUACAACGUGUGCCCUCUUAUGAAAGUUUUGAAGAUGAUUGUAGCCAGUCUUUGUGCCUGAACAAGCCUACUAUGUCUUUCAAAGACUACAUUCAAGAAAGAAGUGAUCCUGUAGAGCAAGGGAAACCAGUUAUACCAGCAGCAAUUCUAGCAGGCUUUACAGGCAGUGGACCUAUACAACUGUGGCAAUUCCUUCUGGAGUUACUAACAGACAAAUCCUGUCAAUCAUUUAUUAGCUGGACUGGAGAUGGAUGGGAGUUUAAACUUGCUGACCCAGAUGAGGUGGCACGACGGUGGGGAAGAAGGAAAAACAAGCCAAAAAUGAACUAUGAGAAACUAAGCCGAGGCCUGCGCUAUUAUUAUGACAAGAACAUCAUCCACAAGACUUCAGGGAAACGUUAUGUGUAUCGGUUUGUAUGUGACCUACAGAACCUGCUAGGGUACACAGCAGAGGAACUUCAUGCGAUGCUGGGAGUGCAGCCGGAUACGGAAGAUUGAGCACUGCAAUAUCAUGCAAAACUGGAAAAGAUUGCAAGAUAUUUUGAACAGUGACGAGGACCCAUCUGCAGUCAGUCUUUUGACUGUUCUGAUUGGUGCAACUGUUAAGAAAUAAGGACCUUGAAGUGGUUUUGUAAUCGGCGAAAGCUGAAGGAAGAAGUGGCCUUAUUUCAUCAGACGCAGUGGCUUCAAGUAUUGCUGCACUAAGUCCUUUGGAGCAGUGUGGAGGAUGGCAUGGUGCCUCAUUCUAACCUGAAGACAUGGAAAUGCUCUAGGGUUAAAUGUUUUUUGGCUUUUUAUACUGCCAUAUAAUUAUGGGUUGCUUUUAAUACCAAAGGUUGGAGAGUGACCAGUAAUACAUCAGAAUUCUAGUUGAAAACGUAACUAGGUUGCUUACAUCGUGAUCUACAUCUAAAAAAAACCUACUGAACCUUUACUUUAAAGCAGAGAGAGAGACAGAUUUGUAUUGUACAUUUUCUUAUUACAACAAAGGUGUUAGAUAAGUACAGAAACAUUUUGUUUUAAGUUUCAAAACAAGGUGUAGCAAUUACAAUUUUUUCCUUCAAGAGAGGAGGAAAAAUGCACCAUUUCAAGUCAGUUUGUAUAUAUUUAUAUGCUUCUUCUUGAAGUUCUUUAAUGUUCCUAUUUAACAGAUAUUGUAUAUUGUAAUUUAACAUAAUUGUACGUGUUUUUAAAAUAGGAAGAAUGUAAACAUGUUUUUCAUGUUUGAAUAGGACAUAACAUUCUGCAGUCUGAAGAAGGCUGUAAAAUGUCUAGUAGAAGAUCAUACUGUAUGCCUGUAAUAUACAAAUUUAUACUGAGGGUAUUGGUUGAAUAUUUUUGCCAUGACUGUAGCUUGCAAACUGUUCAUUCUGGCAUUUUUACAAGAAAUUAAUACAAUCUGGGGAAUAAAGGGCCUGUUUCUCUUAAAAGGAAAAUAUUAACAUGGAUAAAUGAAACUUUUUUGUUGAUAAAAUGGCAUUUUUCUCUUCUGUGCAUGUCCUUUUUAAAAACCAUUUAUGUUCAAGCCUUUCUGUUGAAUUGUCUCCUUUUUUCCCCUCUGACUUAUCUGUCAUGAUUAAAAUAUGAAUUCUAUUUUUAGAAAUAAUGGUGGCUCUUUUUCAGAGAUCAGAAGGGAUUUAUGUAGCAACUAUUUUUUUACUGCAAAAAAACCCAAACAAUUCACUGGAAAACUACUUUGUAAGAAAGCUUUAUUUUUAUCUGAGCUUGAUGUACAUUGAAAUGUGUUGUACAGUAUGGAGGAGAAGCAAAUCUUUAUUAAAACAUCUUAGAAACAGAAACAA